CUGGGAAUACUUUCUUUUAGAAGUUGAAAAAUUCGCACAUCAACUCAAACAAAAUGCUGCGAAGUUUACAUAUUAAUAAUCUUGUGAAAAAGUUGAUUCCACGGCAUCGGUACUAUUCAUCUCUGAAAUCAGAAAAUGGAGCAGCAAAUGUUUACGACUGCAUCAUCAUUGGUGGCGGUCAUGCUGGGACAGAAGCAUGUUCGGCAUCGGCAAGAAUGAAUGCACACACACUACUAAUAACACACAAGUUGGACACAAUUGGUGAAAUGUCAUGUAACCCAUCGUUUGGUGGAAUUGGCAAAGGACAUUUAAUGCGCGAAGUCGAUGCGUUAGAUGGUUUAUGUGCACGAUGUUGUGAUGUUUCUGGAGUACAAUAUAAGGUAUUAAAUAGGAGACGUGGACCUGCUGUGUGGGGACCUCGUGCACAAAUCGACCGACUGUUGUACAAGAAAGCGGUGCAAAAGGAAUUGUUUAAUAUGAAAAACUUAGAAAUUCGAUGUGCUGCGGUCGAGGAUUUGCUUAUUGAACCACACGUAGAUGGUAGUGCCCAAAUUUGCAAAGGAGUUGUACUGAAGAGCGGAGAAAUAGUUUAUGGGCGUACAGUAAUCUUAACAACCGGCACAUUUUUACGAGCCAAUAUCAACAUUGGACUUGAAGUACGGCCUGCAGGACGAAUUGGUGAUGGACCGGCCAUAGGUUUAGGGCAGUCACUGGAAUCAAUCGGUUUUCGAAUGGGACGUUUAAAAACAGGUACGCCGCCACGUAUUUCUAAAAACACAAUAGCUUUUGAACGCUUGGCACGGCAUUUGGGCGAUAAACCACCAGUACCAUUCUCUUUUAUGAAUGAUCGAGUUUGGAUUGAAGCUGACAAACAAUUACCUUGUUAUUUAACGCAUACUACAUUAAGAGUUAAUGAAAUUGUCAAACAGAAUUUGCAUGUAAAUCGGCAUGUGACGGAAGAAGUUACUGGUCCACGUUAUUGCCCAUCCAUUGAAUCGAAGGUUUUACGCUUUGGUGAAAAAGAACACCAAAUAUGGUUAGAACCGGAAGGUCUCGAAAGCGAACUUAUCUAUCCACAAGGAUUGUCAUGUACCCUGCCCUACGAAAAACAAGUAGAGCUGGUGCAUAGCAUACAAGGGUUGGAACAAGCAGUAGUUGUUCAACCUGGGUACGGUGUAGAAUACGAUUUUAUAGAUCCACGGGAACUUUUUCCAACCCUAGAAACGAAACGUGUUGGGCACCUCUUCUUUGCAGGCCAAAUAAAUGGCACUACCGGUUAUGAGGAGGCAGCUGCACAAGGCAUAAUUGCAGGUGCGAAUGCUGCUAGCAAAGCAAAGCAUAAAAUAGAAAUCAAAGACACACCGCAGCUGACAAUUAGUCGCACUGAAGGCUAUAUAGGUGUACUGAUUGAUGAUCUAACUACCUUGGGUACUAAUGAACCAUAUCGAAUGUUUACCAGUCGAGCAGAGUUUCGUCUUUCAUUACGUCCAGAUAAUGCCGAUAUGCGUCUAACGGAAAAAGGUUACAAGUUUGGCAUGGUCUCCGCGGAACGCUAUUCACGUUUUAAAGCGACAGAACAAAAGCUAAAACAAGCCAUUGAACAACUAAAAUCUCUCCAAAACCAUUCCAAUUAUUGGCGUAGAAAGUUGGGCUUACGCGAGGCAAAAGCUUCAGUAGAAAAGACUGCUUUCGAUAUGUUGGGUAUACCAGCUGACAACAUUAUGCUUAACCAUUUGAUUGAACUACGACCAGAAGAAUUGGGUUGGCUACGCAAUGAACCCGGUAUCUGUGAACGUUUAAAGAUUGAAGCUUUAUAUGCCUAUUUUGUUGAAGAACAACAACGUGAUGUAGCCGAUGUACGACGCGAUGAGGGACUAGUAAUACCAGCAAAUAUUGAUUACUUCGCCAAAACGUUGAGUCUCUCUAAUGAGGAACGUCAAAAAUUGUCACUAAUACAGCCGCAGACGAUAGCUGCAGCUAGUCGUAUACAGGGUGUAACACCAGCGACCAUUGUGCGAUUGCUGAAAUAUGUAAAGCGACAGCAACAAGGAGCAGCACAGCUGAUGGGUGCGUGAGAGGGUAAGGGCGGUGUAAAUUGGCUACAUAAAAAAGAAUAAUUUUUGUAAUAUUAUUAGUAAUAUUAAAUUUAUUA